AGGUUGAAAGAGCAAGACUGAAUAGUCCUAUAAAUUCAAGAACACCCAUUUGAUCUCUCUUUCUACCCCAACCCACCAUGGAUUCCUUUGCAUGGGCGUCGGUUCCUCAGACUGCGGAGCUAGCCGCCGGCAGUGCCAUCUCCGAAGCGAGAGGCGGGGUUCUCCUGCCGUCGGUGCUCGGGUUCCAACUCCCACCGGCGACCGGUUUGGAGCAUUUGGCGGUGGACUCCGGCCUCGUCGAGCGGGCGGUGCGGUCGUCCUGCUUCGGCGCUGGAAAUGGAGCAGCCACUGCAAGCGCCUCAAAAGGCACCUCGGAGGGGCCGCUGGAUCGUCGGAGCAAGGUCGGCGGCGGCGUGCACGACGACGCACCGAGCGCCGGCGCCGCAGCCGCGGAAUGCUCGGCCAGGGGCUCGGAGGAGUCCAAGAAGAGGAGGAGAUCAUACGAGGACGUUCAUGGUACGGAUCAAGAUCAAGCCAAGGCAUCGAACGUGUCCACCGAUUCUGCAAACGAGAGCCCGCGCAGCAAGGGCGCCAAAGGCGAGGGGAACGGCACGGCGGCGGCGGCGGCGAAUGUGGCGGCCGGCAAGAGGAAAUGGAAGGGAUCGAAGGAACCCGACGAGCCGGACACGGAAGAGUACAUCCAUGUCAGGGCCCGGAAGGGGCAGGCAACCAACAGGCACAGCCUCGCUGAGAGGUUGAGAAGGGAGAAGAUCAGCGUCAGGAUGAAGCUUCUGCAGGACCUUGUUCCUGGUUGCAGCAAAGUCACCGGGAAGGCGAUAAUGCUGGAUGAGAUCAUCAAUUAUGUCCAGUCCCUGCAAAGACAAGUGGAGUUCUUAUCCAUGAAGCUUGCGGCGGUCAAUCCAAGACUCGGACUCAACAUAGAAGGGCUUCUGUCAAAAGAUCAACUAAUUCGCUUCCCCGGGGCUAGUUCACCUGCUCCCAUCGGAUUCUCAUUCUCCCAAGAAAUGAUUCCCAAACUGCAGAAGCUGUCGUCGCAAUCAGGCAUGCUCCAGGGAGGCGUUCAUGGUGUGACCAAUCCAGAUGUGUUCAGAACAGGCUCAUUCGGAGAGCCUGCAUCUCAGAUGUUUCACAUUAUGGAUGGAUCAUUCCAUGAUGCGGUGGCGCAAAUGGUGUUCCCGUCAGUUAUCAGUUCAGAACAUUUGACCAUAAGGCCUGAUCAGGAUGGGUUUCAUAUGUGAAGUUCAGGUAGAUGGAUGAUCAAAGUUUCUUCUGAUCAUUAGACAGACAGAGAGACAAAGCACAUAACUAGCAUGUGCUCUAGAGUUACUGCAUAUUGCAGGCAGUACAAGUUUGAUUCCCUAAGGGUUGUACGUUGGGAUGGGCUGUGUUCAGGACUGAAAGCACAGCAGACACCGAAGUAGGCAUCUGCAACUAUGAAUUUAUAAUGCUGGGAAACACUGUCUGGAAUGACCACAUGGGUGAACUAUUCAUGAAGAUACAUAUCUACACGAAUUGGCAGAAAUGACCACAUGGGUGAAUUGCUGAAAAAUGCUUUUACUUGCAGUCCGUCAGCAACUGAAUUGCUGCAAAAUGCUUUUACUUGCAGUGCGAGGUUUACGUUGUUAGAGCAUCUCCAUUUAGCUAUCCAUUUCAAAAGAUUUCAUCUUUGUAUUUCUCUAUACUCAGCAGACUAGUUAAACCUCACUUUCUAUAUCUCAUUUAUCUAUAUUUUACUCG